AUGCGUGUUACAGUGAACUUGAUCAUACUGUAUGUCGCUGUUGCGGCAGCUGCCAACAACCAAGCCAGAAUUCCAAUACCAGCUGGUAUACAUCCUCAAGUAGCAGCCUUGUUGCGUGCUGGCAAUUUACAGAGAUACACCCAAACAUGCGCUGGAACUAUACUUAAUAACCGAUCAGUGCUCACAGCUGCCCGUUGCGUGAGUGACGGCAGAGAUGUAGAUGAGCCCAACCUUUGGCGUUUCCGCGUUGGAUCAUCUCGGUGGGACAUUGGUGGUGACGUGUACCUCGUCAGGAACAUCAUCAUCAAUGACUUCGACCAAUGGAGUAUGAUGAACGAUGUGGCUGUCCUGCGCUCUGCGGGCACCAUAGUCUUCGGGCCUAACGUGCAACCCGGCCAAUUUGCUGGCUCUGACUACUUCCUCCAAAAUAACCAAGCAAUUAGCACCGUUGGGUGGGGUUACCUUGGCUUCCCGUUGUGGUAUCCCAAAAAUUACUCGGAGCUGCAACGCGUGCAACUGUGGACGAUCGACGUGAACAUCUGCCGGCAAUCAUACUUCGCAGAAGGAUUUUACGUACAAAACUCUAUGAUUUGCUCCGGGUUCAUUAAUCCCAACGCAGUCGCCGGCGCCUCGGUUCGUGAUAGAUGCUUCGGGGAGCCCGGUGCUCCUAUGUUUCAUUCCAAUGUUGUGGUCGGUAUCAGGUCCUACGGUCUCAGCUGUAUGAGUAACGCCGCCAUUCCCUCGAUUAACACACGAGUGAGCAGUCACAUCGAUUGGAUCAUCAGCAACGCUUAA